AUGCUUCGACUGCGAAAGCCUGCUUUAGGCUUUACAACGCGCUUUUUUUCGUCCAAAUACGAUAUCUCAGUGGUGAGAAACAUUGGUAUCAUAGCUCACAUCGAUGCUGGGAAGACUACAACCACUGAGCGAAUGCUUUUCGUCAGUGGGAAGACGAAACGAAUGGGGAACGUAGACGAGGGAGACACUAUAACGGAUUUUCUGCCACAGGAGCGUUCACGAGGUAUCACGAUCCAGAGCGCUGCUAUUUCUUUCAACUGGCAGAACAAGUAUAAAAUCAACCUGAUAGACACACCUGGCCACGCAGACUUCACUUUCGAAGUGAUACGUGCGUUAAAAGUACUUGAUGGGUGUGUGACAAUUUUGGACGCCGUUGCUGGCGUAGAAUCCCAAACUGAGAAAGUGUGGAAGCAGGCUAAAGGAAUCCCCAAGAUCUGCUUCAUCAACAAGAUGGAUCGGGCUGGAGCAGGGUUCAGCCGCACGGUAAAGGAACUUAUGACCAAACUGAAGACCAGAGUGGUCUUGAUCAACACACCUAUCUUCGCAAGCGAUGCUCAAUCAGGAGAACUUGUCUUUGAAGGCGUCCUGGAUGUGGUGAAUCAAAAGACCUUGAUUUGGGACACCCGAGAUCCAGAAAAAGUGUCUAUAAAUAACGUUUUCGAGGGUUCAAAUCGUUUUGAAGAGCUUUACAAGCUUAAGGAAUCGCUCGUGGAAACACUCUCGGAAUUUGAUGAGCAACUGGUAGAAUAUUUUCUCGACAACGCGGAUGGAGACUACAUGAAAAUACCUCCAGAUGUGAUCAACAAAUCAAUCAGAAAAUGCGUGCUGAGCGGGCAAGUCUCACCUAUACUAUGCGGUGCAUCAUUCCGCAACAUCGGGGUCCAGCCUCUACUCGAUGCAGUCGCAAAUUACCUUCCCUCACCGCUGGAAGCCAAACGUCCAGAGUUCAACAAUGACGUUCCCAUCACAGUGAGUGCAAAGGAUGGCGCAAUCAUCAAUAAAAAUAAAAAUUUCUGUGUUGCACAGGCUUUCAAAGUUAUUACAGAUCCUAUAAGAGGAAUUAUGAUCUAUGUUAGAGUCUACUCCGGAUGUUUGAACAGCGGUUUCUCAGUUUAUAACUCUUCCACUGGUGCUAAAUUCAAGAUUGGAAAGCUAGUUGUGAUGCACGCCAAUGUUGCCGAAGAGGUCAAGCAGCUAAGAUGCGGAGAGAUUGGAGUGCUUACAGGAUCAACGGUUUCAGAAAAUGUAAGAACGGGCGACACCAUAAUCGCCCACAACAUGAAAAAAGAUGGACUUCGCUCUCUGGACAAAGUCAAAGAGCUUGGUCUUAAAAUCAACCCAAUCGACAGCCCACCUCCUGUUUUCAGUGCUGCAAUAGAACCACGAACUCUAGGAAACAAAAAAGUCAUGGAGGAAUCUAUCGCUGCUCUCAUAAGGGAAGACCCUAGUUUACAUGUGCGUAUUGAUGAAGAAACGGGACAAACGCUCUUGAGCGGUAUGGGUCAAUUGCAUCUUGAAAUAGCCAAAGAUAGGUUGUUGAACGAACUCAACGCUGACGUUGAGGUCGGGAAAGUUAUGGUAUCCUUCAAAGAGACUUUGAGUUCCAGUACGAUGCUGAAGAAAGUAGAAACAGAAUCGGGAUAUCGUCUGUCGAUUUUAGUAGAGCCUUUAGCAGAUGCCGAGGACAACAGAAGCUCCAACGAAGACUGGCACUAUCUUUCCACGGACAACAAUUUCUUAGUGGUUGAAAAAUCGCCUGUGUUCACUUCUCACAAUUGGCCCUUGCAGAUAUCAUAUGCACAGUUUGUGAGUGCCAUAAUGUCCAGCAGCAUUGUUGCUCUUCAAAAAAGCGGCAGAAUCGGACAAUUUCCCUUGCACUCGUGCGUCGUCAGAGUGAAAGGUGACUGGAAUGUUCCAACAGAUGCAACUUCCGUAUCACAGGUGCUGACAUUGUCGCGCUCACUAAUAUCCAACACACUGACAGAACUUAAUGAUUGUGCUUUCGCUAUUUUGGAGCCGAUCAUGAAUGUGAGCGUCAGCGUCAAGCAAGAGGAUAUCGGAGACGUUUUGCAAGAUCUGACAGGUGCACGCAAGGCCAACGUCCUAGCUAUAGACGACGAGCACACACUCAACAAUGGCGAGGAUACGGAUAUCGUUUUCCAGAAGCUAGCUGAGGAGCAAUAUCUCCCUGUGGACACUACUCUAGGUCAAGCCAACAUUUCAAAAGGUGCCACCGUCAACAAAAUUAUCAGAGGCUUGGUGCCUUUGAAAGAAAUGGUGAUGUACACGAACAAGCUUAGAAGUUUGACACAGGGGAGAGGAACGUACCACAUGGCUUACCAUGGGAUGGAAAAAGUCACCAAUGAUAGGAUUUCCAGUAUUCUAGAGGGAUACUAA